ACUCUCAGGAACUAUGGUUUUCUGUCGAUUAAAAUUAUGUGUUACUUAUGGAAGCUGUGUUGGUACAGUUGCAUAUCGGUUUUGAAUAAAAAGUUAAAAGCUUUCUUACUUUAAUCUCAUUUUUCGCUUGUAUUUUAUGGUGUAGUGUUUGAAGGAAGCUUGAAAGAAAAUGGAGGAAGCUUCUUGUUCAUCGGUUUUAGAUGGGGAGCUGAUUGGGAUUAAAUUUGGGCUGGCAACCCAUCAAGAAAUUUGUACCGCAUCGAUGAUGGGAUGCUCUAUUAGCCACGCUAGUCAGCUGUCCAACCCAUUUCUUGGCCUUCCUCUGGAGUUCGGAAAAUGUGAAUCUUGUGGUGCUUCCGAGCCUGGAAAGUGUGAAGGACACUUUGGAUAUAUCGACUUACCAUUACCAAUAUAUCAUCCUAACCAUGUCAGUGAGCUGAAGAAGUUGCUCAGUUGUUUAUGCCUGCAUUGUUUAAAAAUUAAGAAGAACAAGGUCCCAACCAAGAGUGCUGGUUUGGCCGAAAGGUUGUUAUCUGUAUGUUGCGAGGAUGCUUCACAAGUGUCUAUUGCAGAGAUUAAACCAACAGACGGGACUUGUUCCUUGCAGUUAAAACUUCCGUCAAAUAAGAAACCACCUCCUGGUUUUUGGAAUUUCCUCGAAAGAUAUGGAUUUCGCUAUGGUGAUGGCGUUAAACGCGCUUUGCUUCCUAGAGAGGUGAUGCAGAUUCUCAAAAGAAUCCCCGAAGACACCAAAAAGAAACUGGCUGCUAAAGGGUAUAAUCCUCAAGAUGGAUACAUCUUGAAUCAUAUACCCGUCCCUCCCAACUGCUUGUCAGUGCCAGAAAUAUCUGAUGGUGUUACUGUUAUGUCUGCGGAUCCUUCAAUAUCAAUGCUCAAAAAAGUUCUAAGGCAAGUUGAGUUGAUCACUGGUUCAAGGUCUGGUACAGCAAAUUUUGAGGCUGAAAUUGUUGAGGCAAAUGAAUUGCAAGCUGUAGUUGAUCAGUAUCUACAAGUUAGAGGUACUGGAAAGGCAUCCCGUGAGAGUGAUGUCAGAUUUGGUGGGACCAAGGAGCUCAGUGAAUCUUCCACAAAACAAUGGCUUGAGAAGAUGAGGACAUUGUUCAUAAGAAAGGGUUCAGGAUUCUCUUCCCGCACAGUGAUUACUGGGGAUGCAUAUAGAAGGGUGAAUGAAGUUGGUAUCCCCUAUGAAAUAGCCCAAAGAAUAACCUUCGAGGAGAAGGUUAAUGUGCAUAAUAUUAGGCGUCUCCAAGAGCUGGUGGAUAGCAAAUUAUGCCUGAGCUACAGGGAUGGUUCAUCAACUUACUCUUUAAGGGAAGGUUCAAAGGGGCACACAUUUCUGAAGCCCGGUCAAGUGGUUCAUAGGAGGAUUAUGGAUGGGGAUCUUGUUUUUGUAAAUAGGCCACCAACUACGCAUAAACAUUCUCUGCAAGCACUGCAAGUAUAUGUGCAUGAGGACAAGGUGGUAAAGAUUAAUCCUCUGAUUUGUGGACCACUGAGUGCUGACUUUGAUGGAGAUUGCAUUCACCUGUUCUAUCCCCAGUCACUUGUGGCGAAGGCAGAAGUCAUGGAACUUUUCUCAGUUGAGAAGCAGCUGCUUAGCUCUCACAGUGGCAAGCCCAAUUUGCAACUGGCCACUGAUUCACUUUUGUCGAUAAAGAUGAUGUUUAAGAAAUAUUUUUUUGACAAAGUGGCAAUGCAGCAGUUGGCCAUGUUUGUUUCCUCUUCCUUGCCAGAGCCAACUUUAUUGAGAGCUAAUUCAGCAGUUCCAUAUUGGACUGCUUUGCAGAUAUUGCAGACUGCACUGCCUCCUCACUUUGAGUCCUCUGGGGACAGGCACUUGGUCAAGGAUAGCGAGGUCCUCAAGCUUGAUUGUACUACAAGCCUUGUACCAGCUCUUAUCAAUGACAUCGGUACCUCUAUUUUCUUUGAGAAAAGUGCUGAAGAUGUUCUCAGUUUCUUUAAUUCUAUGCAGCCAUUGCUGAUGGAGAAUGUAUUUUCAGAAGGGUUCACUGUGGGUUUGGAAGAUUUUGCUAUGCCUGGGGCAUCUAUUCAAGAUAUCCAAAAGGGCGUUAAGGAAAUUUCUCCUUUGCUGUACCAUAUGAGGAGAGUAUAUAAUGAGCUUGUUGAGAUGCAACUGGAGAAUCACAUCCGCAAAGUCAAAGAACCAGUUUCGAAUUUUAUAUUAAAUUCAUCGGCAUUGGGUGAUUUAAUUGACUCUAAGAGUGAUUCUGCAAUGAACAAAGUAGUUCAACAAGUUGGGUUCCUAGGUCGGCAACUGUAUGACCAGGGGAAACUUUACUCGAAAACAUUGGUUGAGGAUGUGAGCUCACUGUAUAAGAGCAAGUAUCCAUCUAACAUUGUGGAUUAUCCCUCUGUAGAAUUCGGAUUGGUUCAUAGUGGUUUUAUUCACGGGUUGGACCCUGUUGAGGGAAUGAUUCAUUCCAUUGCUACAAGAGAAGUAAUUGUUCGCUCCUCAAGAGGGUUGUCUGAACCUGGCACACUAUUCAAGAAUCUAAUGGCAACUCUGCGAGAUGUUGUCAUUUGCUACGAUGGCACCGUGCGGAAUGUGUGCAGUAAUUCUAUCAUUCAGUGCGAGUAUGGAGCAAAGAGCGGAUGUAGUCCUCAAAAUCUUUUCCCUGCCGGCGAACCUGUGGGUGUGUUGGCUGCAACAGCGAUGUCAAAUCCAGCAUACAAAGCAGUUCUUGAUUCUACCCCAAGGAGCAACUCUUCAUGGGAUCUUAUGAAGGAAAUACUACUCUGCAAAGUCAGUUUCAAGAAUGAACUCAUUGACCGUCGUGUAGUCUUGUAUCUGAAUGACUGUGGUUGUGGAAGAAAAUACUGCAGAGAACAUGCUGCGUAUUUGGUCAAGAAUCAGUUGAAAAAAGUUAGCCUUAAAGAUGCUGCACUGGACUUUAUGAUUGAAUAUCAGGGUCAGCGAGCUGCAGGAAACAUGGAAAUUGGCUCUGGCCUUGUUGGUCAUGUUCAUUUGAAUGAGAUGCUCAUACGGGAGCUGAAUCUUGGAAUGUAUGAGAUCCUUCAAAAAUGUGAAGAAACUAUCAGUUCAUUUCAAAGAAAGAAGGUUGGGAAGAAGACGAACAUCAGAGACAUUUUUAAAAGAACAGUUUUGUCAUACAGUGACUGUUGCUCUUUUCAUCAAUCCUCUGCUGGCAAUAUAUCUGGCUCUCCUUGCUUGAUGUUCUUCUAUCAAGAUUUCAGUAAUUCAGAGUUGGAGGCUAUUUCACAAAUCUUGGCCGACUUUAUUUGCCCAGUUCUAUUAGAAACAGUAAUUAAAGGUGAUCCUCGAAUUUCUUCGGCGAACAUAAUUUGGAUCAAUUCAGAAUCAACAACUUGGAUCAGAAGCCCAAACAAAUGUCUGAAGGGUGAAUUGGCUUUGGAUGUUGUUCUGGAGAAGUCGGUGGUUAAACAAAGUGGUGAUGCGUGGAGAAUAACCCUUGAUUGCUGCCUUCCAGUGCUUCAUUUGAUUGACACCAGGCGUUCCAUUCCAUAUGCCAUCAAACAAGUUCAGGAAUUGUUGGGGGUUUCUUGUGCUUUUGAUCAAGCAGUUCAGCGCCUCGCGACAGCUGUUGCAAUGGUGGCAAAAGGUGUUCUCAAAGAGCAUCUUAUUCUCUUGGCAAACAGUAUGACAUGCGCUGGAAAUUUUGUCGGCUUCAAUCCUGGUGGUUAUAAAGCACUAUCUCGCGCAUUGAAUAUACAAGUACCCUUUACAGAAGCAACAUUGUUUACACCAAAAAAAUGUUUUGAGAGAGCAGCUGAAAAGUGUCAUAUGGAUUCUUUGUCGAGCAUAGUUGCAUCAUGUUCAUGGGGUAAACAUGUAGCUGUUGGUACUGGCUCCAGGUUCGAAAUCCUCUGGGACACAAGAGAGGGAGGGUUAACUGAAGAGGGUGGGGUAGAUGUUUUCAACUUUUUACAUAUGGUGAACGCUGUGAAUGGAGAAGACUUGACUACUGCAGCUUUGGGAACAGAAAUUGAUGAUCUUGUGCCAGAAUAUGAAAAUGGAGAAGUGUCCUUGUCACCAGAGCAUAACUGUUCUCAUAAGCCAGUGUUUGAAGAGAUUAUUGAAUUCCCGGAUCAUUUUGAAGAUGCUCCUGGAAAAUCAAGCUGGGAUUCAAUCAACACUGCUUCGACUGGUGGGAAAGACUGGGGAGCUGUCAACAUUGGAACACAAGAUGGGAUUUCAGCAGAAUCCGAGGUGGAUUCCACAUCUCCAUGGGGGAUUAAGACUGCUAGAGAAGAGGCUCCAUCUCCAUGGGGAGCAGCUAAGAUUGCUAAAGAAGAUGCUCCAUCUCCAUGGGGAACAGCAAAGACUGCUAAAGAGGAUGCUCCAUCUCCGUGGGGAACAGCCAAGAUUUCUACUGUAGAUGGUCCAUCUGCAUGGGGGACCAAGACUAAAGAAGAUGCUCCAUCUUCAUGGGGAUCAGCCAAAUCUGUUACAGAAGAUGCAUCUGCAUGGGCGACAGCCAAGACUGCUCCGGUAGAUGCUACAGCUGCAUGGGGGACAAAGACUACUACUGAAGAAGCUCCGUCUCCAUGGGGAGCAGCUAAGAUUGCUAAAGAAGAUGCUCCAUCUCCAUGGGGAACAGCAAAGACUGCUAAAGAGGAUGCUCCAUCUCCAUGGGGAACAGCCAAGACUGCUACUGUAGAUGGUCCAUCUGCAUGGGGAUCAGCCAAAUCUGUUACAGAAGAUGCAUCUGCAUGGGCGACAGCCAAGACUGCUCCGGUAGAUGCUACAGCUGCAUGGGGGACAAAUACUACUACUGAAGAAGCUCCGUCUCUUUGGGAAUCAGCCAAAUCUGCUACAGAAGAUGCAUCUGCAUGGGGGACCAAGACUACGAAAGAAGAAACUCCGUCUCCUUGGGGAACAGCUAAGACUGCUACUGUAGAUGCUCUAUCUUCAUGGGGGACCAAUGCUUGGGGACAGAAAAAACCAGCCGAUACCUCAUCAAAGCAAAAGUCACCUGAGAUUGCUGAAGGUGCUUGGGGUCAGCAAAAGCCUGCUGAUACCUCAUCCAUGGGAGCUUGGGGAAGCGAAAAGUCACUGGAGAUUGCUGAAGGUGCAUGGGAUCAGAAAAAGCCUGCUGGUACUUCUGAACCUGCAACUAUUAGUCAGUGGGAUUCUCCAAGUGUAGGAGAUGGAAAUGCGGGUGAAAGACUUCAAGUAUGGGGUCAUAAUGGAGAUGCAAACAAGAGAAGACGCUUUGAAGGUGGCAGGGGUUGGGGUUCAAACGCUGGGGAGUGGAAGGGUAAGAAUAGUCACCCUGCUAAGUCACCUGGAAUGGUGAAUAAUGAUUCCAGUGUGGCUGCGAUAUACACCACAACGCGCCAAAGAUUAGAUAUCUUCACUUCUGAGGAGCAGGAUGUUCUUUCUCAUAUUGAACCAAUUAUGCUCUCUAUUCGUAGAAUAAUGCAUCAAUCUGGGUAUAAUGAUGGAGAUCGAUUUUCAGAUGAGGAUCAUAAAUACAUCCUUGAUAAAGUAUUCAAUUUUCACCCUGAUAAAGAUGGGAAGAUGGGCUCUGGGAUCGACUAUUUUACGGUUGAUAGACAUGGAAGCUUUCAAGAAAGCCGAUGCCUUUUCGUUAUAUCAACUGAUGGUCGCAAGGAGGACUUUUCCUACAGGAAAUGCCUGCAAAAUAUGGUAAAUGAGAAGUAUCCUGAGCUAGCUGAUGAAUUCAAUGCCAAGUAUUUCGUCCAGCCCCGACCGCGGAAUCCCAGUUUCAGUCGGACCCCUCCUCCAGAGACACAGUAGGCAUGCCUUAAAGAUUUUCCGUGGAUGUAAUUACUAAUUAGUUCAAAACACCGAUCAACCCUUUUGACUUGUAUAUAUAGGCAGUUGAAAUCAGCUCCCAACAAAACAGUUCAGUUCCAUUGUCUCUGCCAGAGCAGUUUUGUAGUUGAUAGCUAGUAACCCCAUGUAACUGAACUGAACCAUGAAAUAUGGAGAAACAAUUAGAUUAGUGUUUCAGAAUUAAAGUUUUGCUGGUAAUCUAAUGGCGUUCAGUGUUAUGGUUUGGUUCAGUCACUCGUUCAACUAUUGACC